CUCACUCACACUACUCAGCCGGCCAUGGAUGUAUACGAGGCUACUCAAACAGUGAUGUCGAGGAUCCAAGCUCUGGAUCCGGAGAACGCCUCCAAAAUCAUGGGCUACAUACUGAUUCAGGAUCAAGGCCACAAGGAGAUGAUACGGCUGGCCUUCAGCCCGGACCCGCUUCUCCUCUCUUACAUCGCCCAGGCCAAAGCCCGUUUGGGCCUCCCUUCAAAUUGCCGCUCUUCAAAUCCUCCUUCCCCUUUCUCCAACCCCAGCACCCCUUUUCCCGAGAAUUCGCCGCGGGUCGUGGUUCCGAACAGCGCCGGGUUCCUCCCGAGCAACCCGUACGGCGCCGGCGUUCUGGAUAAUGACUUGGGCGACGAGUACCAGUCCCCGUUUCUCGAUAACCCUGCCGCGUGGGACCCAUUGAUUAGCCCUGGCGGGAUGAGCGAUUCCAUGGUCUUCCCGAACGGCGAGGAAGCCGGCGGCGUUUCGUCUUCCCCUCAGCCGCACCCGUUCCACAAGAGGAGUUAUUCGGUCAACGACGCCGCAUUUUUGUCAACGCGCGGUGAGGGGUGUUUGUGGAGGCCUUGCAUGUACUGCGCGAGGGGUUUCUGCAAGGAUGGCGGUGGCUGUAAGUUCGGGCACGGCGAGUUGUGUGGUGGGGUUGACCCGGUUGAUCUCGGGUCUCCAGGGAGGAGUUUUUACGGGUUGGACGAGUUACUGAGGAUGAAAGCCCUUCAGCAGCAGAGGUUUGCGUUCAUGGCCUCUGGGGGUCGCCGUCCUUUUGCUUACAACAAAUGCAUGGACGCUGUAUAUGAGAACCCGAGGAGUGACUUCUUUGGAUUGAGUGCUAGUGCCAAUUCGAGCGCCCGGCAAAUUUAUUUAACAUUUCCAGCUGACAGUACAUUCAAGGAAGAUGAUGUUUCUAAUUACUUUAGCCUGUUUGGACCAGUGCAAGAUGUUAGAAUUCCAUAUCAGCAGAAAAGAAUGUUUGGGUUUGUGGCAUUUGUGUACCCUGACACUGUUAAGCUCAUUUUGGCCAAAGGGAACCCUCAUUUUGUGUGUGAUUCACGCGUGCUCGUCAAGCCAUACAAGGAAAAAGGCAAAUAUAAAGACAAGAAACAACAGCAGCAACAUUGCUUAAGCCCAUCCGGACUUGACAUUGGCGAAAACUUUGAUAAUACCCCCUUUGGUCCAAGAAUGUUGUUGAGCCCACGAGAGAUGAUGCUGAGGAGAAAAAUGGAGCAGGAAGCAGAAAUGCAGCAAGCCAUUGAACUCCAAGGUCGAAGGAUGAUGAAUUUACAAUUAAUGGACCCAAAUAAUGAGAACCAUUUCCAUCCUCUACAGAGAUUCCCAGCUGGUAUCCCAUAUUCCUUCCCAAGACACUGUCAGUUGUUGAUGAAUCAUCAUCUCACAAAUUCCUCUGCUUCCAUCAGCCGAGAAAAUUCAGAAGAAUUUGAUGGUGGCAAAGAAACCGCCUUUGAAUCUGAUGAUAAGAAUCUUCUGGAAGCUGGAGACGAGGAGUCUUCUUCUGACAACACUAUUAAUGGUGAUGAAGAUAAGCUGAAUCGGGGGAACUCUGAUGAUUCUGGUUUUCAUGAAAGUGUGGACUGCAGCUUGGAGCAUGCCCUCCCAGACAAUCUAUUUAAUUCGCCUACGAAAUCUGGUACUGAAAAUUGCUCGUGUGUUUUCUCACAGAAUUUGCCUGAAGCCAAUGACAGUGAACAAGAUCUGCUCUCGGGCAGCUCACCUCUCACCAUAGCUUCUCUCAAUUCAUGUUACCUUCAAAUGCCUAGGUUUUCUUCAGGACAAGAAGUUGAAAUGUAAGAUGGUGUAGAGGUUUUCAUGGCUAGGAAGCAGAAAUUUUUUGACUUAUUUGCUUUGAAAGUUUUGUGUAUCUUAUACAAGGAAACGAUGUUCGGUCGAAAGUCAGACCUAAGGGCCGGCGACAAGGAGAAAGAUGGAUAGAUGUAAUCCAUACAUUAUUGUCAUAAUUGAACACCAUACUAUACAUAAUGCAUGGGAUUAUAGCCUUGGACAUAUGAACUAAUUUGAGUUGUGUGCUGUGGACCACACACAAUGUCACUAGUAUCAUAAAAACAUUGACGGUUAGCUUGAUUAAACUCCUUACUACCAUAGUGUGGAAAUUUUAUAUUUUCUUCCCAUUUCU